CCACCUCAGACGCGCUCUGUCCCAACAGACUCCUGCAACCAGCCGCCCGCUGCCCGGCGCUGACGGUCCAGCACGCCUGCCGCCGCUGCAGCCGGCGCGCCCGAUUGAAUCACUGAUUCAUUCUUCUGCACCCUGCUGUUGAUCCCUGAGUUCAUCUACUCUUCUCGCUGUUCAUCCAUGAGCUCGGAUUUCCCACAUUAUAACUUCAGGAUGCCUAAUAUUGGGUUCCAGAAUCUGCCUCUCAACAUAUACAUUGUGGUUUUUGGCACUGCUAUAUUUGUCUUCAUCCUUAGUUUACUCUUCUGUUGCUACUUGAUUAGGCUAAGACAUCAAGCACACAAAGAAUUUUAUGCCUACAAACAGGUUAUAUUAAAAGAGAAAGUAAAAGAACUGAAUUUACAUGAGCUCUGUGCAGUGUGUCUAGAAGACUUCAAGCCUCGAGAUGAGUUGGGGAUUUGUCCAUGUAAGCACGCCUUCCACAGAAAGUGCCUUAUUAAGUGGCUGGAGGUUCGGAAAGUGUGUCCACUGUGCAACAUGCCAGUCCUGCAGCUGGCCCAGCUGCACAGUAAGCAGGACCGUGGACCCCCACAGGGGCCCCUGCCUGGGGCCGAGAACAUUGUAUAGCUCACCACAAGGAUCAAACUGCUGCAGGAGCCGAUAUCCGCGCGGAGCCAAGAGUACGAGCUGUCUGUGUUGGCUGCUCUACCUGGGACACCAGCUGCCACUUCCUUUGCCUCAUGAAGAACUCUUGGGCCGGCUAAGCUGGGAACCCUGACCUUCUGGGUCUUGUAACAACCAGAGCUCGCUGACACUACCCCACGCCAAGAGGAGAGGAGUGGCUGAGCCUGCAGGUUUGGUUCAAGAAACUUCAUGAGGGUCUCUUGCUAACUCCAUUACACUGUCUCCCAGACACUUAUCUCCAUGCCAAGGUGAAUCUUUAUCAGCAGAAGGGAAGAUGAACACAGGCGUUAGAGAAGGGGGCUGAGGGCAGGUCUGUACAGCCAGCCCCCUGCCAUGUGGACAGACUGGCCCCUGUGCAGCCAGCACAUGCCUUCCAGCAGCAAACCCUCACGGCAGCCGGAGCCAAGUCACACCAGCAGUUACCUCAGCUGAAGCACGACCGGGUGCCGGUGGUUGGUGAGGCAGUGCCCACGGGGCUCUUCACGUUAUGCUCCUUGGAUAAGACCAUCUUGGAGCCAAGGGCUUUGGUUAUAACAGAGCAGCAGUGCCCUUUACCACCCCCAUCUCCCUCAAGUUCAGUCCUUGCUAAUCAAAUCAUCUGAGCUAAAAACAUUAGAUGUGCUUGGAAAGGCCUGGGCAGGAGCUAUUUCCUCUUACUUCCUCCUCCUCCUCAGCAGUGCCACAUGGCCAAGCUGCCCAAAGGAGCCCCAGCAGGGGUUGGGCCUCCUUCACACGCUGUUCCUGUGAGCAAGGGGGCCCCAGGGUGCUACCACACCUACACACACAUCGCUGCUGGUCCUGGCCCGCUGCCUCAGUCCCGAGCCCUGGCAAGCUCGAGAGAGCAGGUUUCUGUGAAUGGCCAGCCUUUCCCACUCCUUCCUUCCUCUGCUGUCUUCCCUUUCUUGCCCCCUCUGUCUCUACUUAAGAGAAAAUGCCCAUCCUGACUUCUUAGCAGUUUAAACCAUCCCAAAUAAGAUCCCUAUGUAAUUCUGAAGCUGGAGAUCCACUUGAAGUUGUAAAUAGUUUCAGAAAGCUCCUGCAGGGCCGUCCCCCCUUGGUGUGUGCCUCAGUAUUCAGACCUGCAGUAACUAACUGAAAGUGUCUUUACAGAAAAGAAAUGCAUGCUGCUCUUUGGCUCUGUCUGUCCAGCUUUUCUAGAAAUGACUCAAGAGUCCAUUAGGAUUCGUGAAUAUUGUAUAACUUAGCUGUGUGAAGCAGCUUUGGGUCAGAUAGUAAGUUCUGUGCUUCAGCCCUGCUCUCCACCACCUCCUUUCUUAGGGAAACUCAACAGCUUUGCCUCUGCUCCAUCCCACACGUAUGAGGGCGGGCAGUUUCUCAGUGAAAAAUAUGAUCUGCAAGGUGUGGAGAGGAUGAAGGGCACUCCGCUACUUUUACAUGGCAUAUGUCCAGGGAUUUCUUCUGGAGUCCAUCCUCUCUGUACAAUGGGAGGGGGAAACUGUGUCCUUGGCUCAGGUGGCUGGAGUCAGACGAGAAGGAAAAUUCUCAUUAGCCUA